AUGACUACUGACGCUGGAGAAGUACACAAUGUGAAAAGACUUGACGUUCCUUUUCCAGACGAACCUGCCGCUGUAAAGAUCUUGCAGCCUGUAGAAGAAGAUCACAGUUUCUUAUUGAAUGAAUUGUUUCUGACGAAGAUAUUGGCCAAUCCUAAAUAUGCUGAUAAAAAGGUAUGCAAUUUGGGUUUUUUCUGUUUUUAGGUUAAUAGUACGGAGCCUAUCGUUUCGAAAUUAUGUCCGAAUAUAUAAAUCUGCUUUUUAUAGAGUCACAUCAUUGCAAAUUUUUUACUGUGUUUGCAAGGUAAUCGAAUUUUUACAGGUAUGUGUGGUUGGAGUUGCUGGGAAGUUCAGGAAAGGAAAAUCAUUCCUACUCAAUUUCUUUCUGCGUUACUUAAAGUUUUUGAGUCAAGGCGGGAAUGAUGAUGAAGACUGGUUGGAGACUGAAUCGACAUUGGGAGGUUUUUCAUGGAGGGGUGGAGCUGAACGUGAUACUGACGGAAUUCUGUGGUGGUCGGAGCCAUUUUUACUUAAGGUAGGCUGCCGUUUUUUAUUUGGGAAGUGUUUUUAUUGGUAAAGCUAUAAAUUAGUGUUUUAUUAACACGUAUAAAAAUAAUUUAUUUAAAUGUAAGAUUGACUUUAUUUGUUUUAAAUAUAAAGUUUUUAGGAUCAAAGUGGCGAAGAAAUUGUCGUAUUACUGAUGGACACCCAAGGCGCAUUUGAUUCUCAAAGUACAGUUAAAGAUUGUGCUACUGUUUUUGCUUUAUCUACGAUGAUAUCAUCAAUUCAGGCAAGUUUUAUAUAAAUUUUUAUAGAUCAUUAUUAUAUACAUUUUUAUUUUUAAUAUUCUUUUUUGACGGUUUUCAGUUAACACAACUUUCUGUUUUUAGAUCUACAACAUUCAGAACAAUAUUCACGAGGACGAUUUACAACAUUUACAAUUGUUUACAGAGUACGGACGAUUGGCUUUGGAAGAAAAUGAAAACAAAUCAAAGCCCUUUCAAGUAUGUAGCUCUUUUAAAAAACACAACUUUAAGUUAAUUGUGAACCUUUUGUUAAAAAUGCAAAUAUUUCAAAAAUUGCAAUAUUUAUUUAAAAAUUUGACUUUUUUAGUCUUUGGUGUUUCUGGUACGAGACUGGCCUUCUCCCUACGAUAUGGAAUACGGAUUUCAAGGUGGAAUCCGACUACUUGAUACCAGGUUGCAAGUAAAUGAUAGACAGCACACUGAACUUCAACAGAUCAGAAAACACAUCAAGGAGUCUUUCGACGAAAUCAAAUGCUUCUUGAUGCCGCACCCUGGAUUAGAAGUGGCUAACAGCCCACCCGGAUGGAAGGGAGACAUAACUGUACGUUUGAGCGCUUUCAGCUUAUAUUUUUUUUCGCUAGGGUGAGGGGGGAGGUUAAUGUUGUUUGAUUAACUUUGUAAAAGUAAAUAACAAGGUUUUGAUUCGAUGCAAAUUUGAACGAUUUUAGGUAAUCAACAAUGACUUCAAAACCUAUCUUCGUCAGUUCAUUCCCAGAAUUUUGGAUCCAAAAACUUUGAUUCCUAAGUCGAUCGCAGGGCAACCGAUAACAUGCCGCGAAUUAAUGGUGUAUCUGAAGGCAUACAUUGAAAUAUUUGCUGGUGAAGAUAUGCCUGAACCUAAAACUGUUCUUUCGGCAACUGCUGAAGCCAAUAAUCUUGCCGCUACGUCAUCCGCUAAAGCUUUGUAUGUGAAGAAAAUGGAAGAAGUUUGUGGCGGAGAUUCACCGUAUAUCUCAAGCGCGGAAUUGGAGGAUGAACACCUGAGGUGCCGCAACGAAGCGAUCCGAUUCUUCAAGAAUGCUAAGAAGAUGGGUGGCUCUGAACUGGCUUUACAAUUUUUGGAGAAACUUGAACAAGACAUUGCGGUAUGUUUUUUAGUAAAUUAUUAUUUCCGUAUAAAUUUUUAAAUGUUGAAUUUUGAGAUACUUGAAUAUCAGUUUGUACUUUUGUACAUAUUUUUGACAUUCAAAAAAAUUUCAUUAAUUAUUAUUUUUUUUAGGAAUCGUUCGAAUCUUUCGUAAAACAAAACCAAUCAAAGAAUCUGUUCAAGUCUAUGCGUACACCGGCUGUUUUGGUCACAUUCAUGAUCGUUAACUACUUUUGUCAAGAAAUCCUUCAACUUAUCGGCUUGGAAGGUCUGGCUUCAAUAUUUUCGUUGAUGUUGACGUUGGUUAUCGUGGCUUUGGGUACCUGGGUUUACUCACGCUAUUCUGGAAACAUCCGAGACAUUGCUGGAGGCAUCGAUCAAUCAGUAACAUGGGUAUGGGAAAACCUGCUCUCUCAACAUGUUGGCACAGCCGUGGGCGUCGCUGGACAAAUCCAUCAACUAGCUAACAACACGUCGACGACUGUUUCACAUAAAUCCCGUUGA